AUGGCUGACUCAACAUGUGUGAAGGAUAUUCAGGAAGACCUGACUGAUGAUCAGAUUCAGCACUUGCUUCUGGAGGCAGAGACUCGACUGAAGGGUCCCAAUGCACUAAGCACCCAGAGUGAUGAUCUGGCAUCUCUUAGGAUCCCGAAAUUGUCACCUGGGUCCUCGCUGGAAGCAUACAUUCGUCAGGGAGACGAUGUUGCUACUGUUGACGCUGCAAAGAUCACCGAUCAAAAGCAGAAGGAGUUGGCCAACUCUCUCCGCGCGGCUGAGAUCAAGAAAGUGAACACCGGCAAGCCUACCGCUGGACCUGAGUGGUUCAACCUCCCGAAGACAGAGAUGACCCCGGAGCUUAAGAGAGAUCUGCAGCUCAUCCGGAUGCGUUCUGUGCUUGAUCCCAAGCGUCACUACAAGAAGGAAAAUGGCAAGGCCAAACCGCCAGAAUAUUCCCAGGUUGGAACUAUCAUCGAGGGGCCUACCGAGUUCUUCAGCAAUCGUAUCACCAAGAAGGACCGCAAGAAGAACUUCGUUGAGGAGACAUUGGCACUCGAGCGUGGCACCAAGCGCUUCCAGUCCAAAUACAGGGACAUUCAAGCCAGCAAAACAAGCGGAAAGAAGUCCUUCUACAAGGACCUGCAGGCAAAGAGAACCCGGAAGAACAAGUGA